AUGCCUCGCGCUACGCGGAAAAGGAGACUGCUGAAUCCACACAAAUCUCAGCUGCUGUUUGUAGAACAACCCAGAAGUGGAUCCCGACACGACUAUGGAUCACAGUUACGAAGCGCGAUUAAUCCGAGGUCCUUUGUAUCAGAGCCAUCACGGCAAGGCGUCCCAGUUCCUUCUUGGGUGUGUUCUCAGUUUACCUCGCUGGAAGAUACAGCAGUCAGAUGUCGUGGACAAAGGAAGAAGAAGAACCAUCUCCCCGCAAGCAGCUUAACCACAGCAUCACAUUUGACUCAAGUUAGAAGAUCAACUGUCUGCAAAUACCCUAGUUUGUUGUUCGACACGAGUAACUCGGUUCCACCGAGAUGUCGCAGAGGUCUCGGUAAAGAGAGCGCUCGGUCACAUGUUGGGGAUCCUCCAGAAAUAAGACCUCCUCAAAGUCACGGUGACGGAACCGUUUCUCUAGUCGGCCGUGACGAUACGCCGAGGCCGAAUUCUCUAAACACGAGGGGGAACAACGCGAGUACAUCAGGAGCCAAACACAUUGGUUCUGCAGCUGGGAAACCGAGAACUCCUCCAAGCUCUGUUACAGCACGUACAUCCACUCCUGAAACUAGCAGCGUUCUCACUCCUCCUCACAUACAGACUCCAGAAAUGCCACGCCGUGAGCACCCUGCUUCGUCUUCGGUUCUCAGCCUCCUCUUUUCCCCGAAUCAACCGAGAACUCCUCCACAAACUGAAAACUUGUUAGUGAGAGACACACCAGAGAGUGAGUAUGGCUUGAAAGUGACCUGGAGGAGGAGGAAAAAGCUGAGGAGAUUACUCACAGAGCGAGGUCAACUCCUUGACACAGAAGCUAUGAUCAGCAAUCACUGGCCAGAUGUUGUGUAAAUUGGAAACGGGGGGGGGGUCUUUUUUGUUUAUUUCGCCAUACUGUAUGAUGGACUGACAUGCAUGAAUGUAAUUUUUUUUUUUUUUUUAAAGAGAGAGAGAAUGUUUAAUUCAUGGGUUUGAAGUUUGAAAAUAGCUUCUUGGAUGAAAUGUAUGAAAUGCUUUUUUUUCCCUCCUUUUUUUUGUGUGUAUCAGCACUGUACAUCCUUUAUGAAGUGCACUGAAGUUUCUUCGAGAAAGUUGAUUUCAGUCAUGAACGAUUUAAACACGAGUCAGUUCAGCUGUGUGAAUAAAUAAUGCAACACAGGCGAAUGUUCUGGAAAUGAGAACACAACUAAUAAAACAUAUCAUAUAAUGUAUGAUUAUUGUGUGCUCUAUAUUUGUUUCAAGGAAAAAAAAAAUGAGACUUGAAAUGUGAUGAAAUAUGCUCGAGUCUUUGUUUUGCUAAAUAGACCAGUCUGUGUAAGCAGUCAUUUUUAUUGUCUAUUUCUUAGUCCGUCCAAGAUUCUCGCAAAAUCGAGGAAACUCUGCGAUAUUCGCCAGAGCUUGUGAUUUUUUUUCAAAAUUACCGCUGAUUUUCCGCAGAUUUAGUCCAAGGUGCGUCUUGUGACGUCAUCACAGCACGCAUUCAGCCAAAACCCCCGUCGAUUCACGUGUUGAACAUGAGUACAGCUAUAAGGUCUCAUUUACCAGCAAACGUCACUGCGAAAGACACUUUUGU